GUCACAGGUACGAGUGGAGGGGCGGGGCUGGGGAACCUGUUUCUGGGGUUCCCUACUGCGCCGGGACUCGACGCGCCCGAGCCGAGUCUUUGCUUUCCUCCCCUAGUGUUUUUUCCGGGCACCUUUGUAGGCCCCGCGCGUGACCAGGGAAGGCGGAAUCGGCUGCGGGGAUCGACUCCUUGCGAAGGGGCCUAAGCCUCGCCGCCAUGUCCGGGGGCUUUGAGCUGCAGCCGCAGGACGGCGGCCCCCGGCUGGCCCUGGAGCCCGGGGAGACGGUGAUUGGCCGCGGGCCGCUGCUGGGAAUAACAGACAAGAGAGUGUCCAGAAGACAUGCCAUUCUUGAGGUGGUGGGUGGUCAGCUUCGAAUCAAACCGAUACACACAAAUCCAUGUUUUUAUCGGUCACCUGAGAAGAGCCAGCUCUUACCAUUGAAGACAAAUCUAUGGCACUGGUUGAAUCCUGGAGAUAGUUUUUCUCUGUUAAUAGACAAAUACAUUUUCCAUGUUUUCUCUACAUAUUCUGAAAUGGAAUCGGGAUGUACUUUAAGAAAUAGUCAAAUGCUUGAUGAAGAUGACCUAUUGACUAAAACACCAGAGUCUUCCUUGGUGAAUUUGCCUGAUGAGACAACUGGUGCCCCACAGCUGGAAAGAAGCACAGAAAUAGCGAUGACCCAGACUUCUACCAUAAAUAGUGCGACUUUCCUAGGUGAAUGCACAGACUUCAGUAAGCAGCAGUCAAACACUGCCCAGAGGAAAAGAAUCCUUCCAGCGUGGAUGUUAACAGAAAAUCUAAGUGAUCAAAAGCUGUCAGCACCAGUCAUCAGUGGAAGUAAUAAUGUAAUCCAGGAAAGUCAAAAAGAAGGAAUCUGCAAAGAUAAAACACAAGGAAACAUAACGCAGCAAGGAAGAAAGCGACUAAUUUCACCAGGAAGCCCAGAAAGGACAUCAGCAGAGCAAGACACAGGAAAAAAGUGCAAAAAUGCUCAUCAAGAAGAAUCUAUUGUUUCAUCCAAGGAAAUGCCACAGUCAUUUCCUGCAAUCACAACAAGUAACACAGAGAUGAAUAAUAUGAAGACUAAUACACAGAGAAACAAAAUCCCAAUAGAGGGACUUAGUGCAUUUGCUGAACAUAAAAUCAUCACAAAAGGAACUCCAGAUAAAGAAGAGGCAGUGAGCUGUUCUGAGAGUUGUGCAAGUGCCCAAGGAAAGUCCUUCCACGAUGAGUCUCAAGGAGCUCAUCCUGAGUCCAGCUCUGAUCCCUCCAAGCCUGACACUUUGCAUGCAGCGGCAACUGAUUCAGUUCCACAAGAUUCUGAAGAAAACAAGGUCAAGAGGACAUCCUGCAUGUAUGGGGCAAACUGCUACAGGAAGAAUCCUGUCCAUUUUCAACACUUCAGUCACCCUGGUGAUAGUGAUUAUGGAGGUUCACAAGACAUGUGUCAAGAUGAGGCUGAUGACAGGCCUGAAUGUCCUUAUGGAUCAUCUUGUUAUAGGAAGAAUCCUCAGCAUAAGAUAGAAUAUAAACAUAGUACACUUCCAGUGAGAAGCAUUUUAGAUGAAGACAGUGAUAAUGGUGCAGAACCCAGUAAGUAUGACAUGAGUGACAGCUUUCUAGACGAUGAAGAGGAAGAAUAUGAGCCAAUAGAUGAAGAUUCUGACUGGGAGCCGAGCAAGGAGGACCAAGAGAAGGAAGAUAUGGAAGAGCUUUUGAAAGAAGCAAAAAAGUUUAUGAAAAGAAAAAAGUAACUAUUUUCUACAAUAAUAUAUGACUCACAUGUACUUGUUCUUUAUGGAAAAAAAUUGUAUUGGUUAUAAAAAAGUAAAAAGCCAUAGGUUGCACAAAACUUUGGUCUUUUUUUCCCCUUUUUUCCAAAGAUUCUGUAUUUAUAGAAUACUAUGCAAGUAUAACUAAGCAAACAACAUCAUGGAUGAAAAAGCAUGCCUCUUUUCAUAGCUAUUGAAAUAGUUCUUAAGCAGAACCAGGAUUUAAAAAAAUGACAGCCAUCAUAUAAUAGCUGUUAUUUUUCUACUACCCUCAAUGCAAACUUGACAAUUUCAUUUACUACUUUUGUUCUUUGAAACUUGGGGAAUUUAGUACCAAAUGGAUAAUGAAAAUAGAUUCAAUAAGACUAUAGAAGAGAAAUGCUCAACACACAGGGAAUAUUAUUUUGUGACCUACAUCUGUAAUUUAUGUCUGAGUUUAAAGGUGGAAAACCUUAGAGAAUUUGACAGUUUCUUUUUCAAACAUAAGUCCUGCCUGAUUAUAUUAACUCUCAAUGUGCUCUCUUUACAUUAAGAAUAUAAAAAUGAUUUUUAACCAUAAUUUUUCUCAAAUGACCUUAGUUCUUUUGUCCUCAGAUGAAAAUGGCAAGUUGUCUGCUAAUGUUCAAGAUUCUGGCCUUUUAUUUCAAAAGAAACUCCUUAUUCUUCAAUUUUAUGAAGUAUAUCUUUGUAGCUCUGUUCUUAAACUACUUUAGAUCCUGUUAUACUCUUGAUUUAGGUGACUUAGAAUUUUUGAAAUAUAGUUUAGAAUCUUUAAUAAUAGUUGGGUGUAUAUACACAGUGCGGUGGGUAUAGUAUUAAAAUAAUAAAUCACGAAACCAAAAGUGUCCGUUAAACACUAAUAUUUUCUAUUAUAAGAGAACCAAAAAUUUUAUAUCUUAAAAGGGCAACACAGAUUUAUAAUUGUUUCCUUAGUGUUUUUCAAUAUCUUUCCAAGUAAUUGCAUAUUCAAAUUUACUUAAACUGAGGCAGGAUAAGAGAAAUACUUCUCUAGACUAUUGUUGCGUAUUAUUCUUACUUUGCCUCUGUUAUUUGGGAACUCAUUUUCCUCUUCUAAUGUUCCUUUAGUCUCGGGGGCUUGAUAAACCUGUGAAAAAAAUCUUUGAACUUGCUCUCAUCUUUGCACUGACUUAAUCCAUAAAGUGUUCCUUAUGGACUUAUACAUAUAUGCCAAAGGAAUUGGAAACACGUGCCACAUAAAAAAACUUGUACACAGUGUCCAUAGAAGCAUUAUUUAUAACAGUCAAAAAGUAGAAACCCCUAAAUGUCCCAUCAACUGAUAGAAGGAUUUUAAAAAAAUGUAUAUCUCUACGAUGGAAUAUUUUUGGCCAUAAACGAAUACUGAAGGAUUGAAACAUGCUACAACGUGGGUAAACCUUGAAAACAUUAUGCUAAAUAAAAGAAGCCAGACACAAAAAGCCACAUAUAAACUCAUUUAUAUGACAUAUCUAAACUAGACAAAUCCACAGAGCCAGAAAGUAGAUUACAGGUUGCAGGGGGUAGAGUAGGAGGAGAUAGGGAGGGACUGCUUAUGGGUAUAAGGUUUCUUUAUGGAG